AAAUUCUUACAAUAUUGUAAGUUCUCUAAUAAAAUGUAAAGAUAUUGAAAAAAAAAUGAUACGAUGAUAUUCGUGCAAUCUCGUAUCUUUACGUGUGUGAGUGUGUGUGUGUGUGUGUGUAUUUCUCCAAAGACUCGCUGGAUUCAUUAUUGCGUUUCGAGCGCUCGUCAAGAAGAGUUUAUUUAUCGUAUACCUUUGGAAGAUAUAUACAUAUAUACAUUAUUAAAAAAAAAGAGUAUUCGAAACAUAUUGUUCAUAGAUCUAAAGUGUUAUUUUUUAUUAAAUUUUCGAAGAUAAUUAUGUCGAGUAUAGAAGACGGUGAACUGAAAGGAGGACAUCCUCCAGCAGUGAAAGCCGGGGGCAUGAGGAUAAUUCAACAUAAGCUACCGAGGGAGGAACGCGAGGUCAAACCGGCUAAGGAAGCCGAGGAAAGCAAGCCAUCGACUAGUCCACCGAAGCAACUGUUGAUCAGUGGCGUAUUGGCAAAAGGAAAUGCAGAUUUUCCACCGGAAGCUGUGCAGAAAUUUCACGAGAAACCCAUGCCAACUCACGAACCACCUCGUCAUAUUCAUAAUUCCAGGCCCGUUAUUAUUCAACAGCCAAGGAAAUAGAUCUUGUAAAAUUCUAUCAACAAGAUUGGAUUGAAUGAAGUUGAUGAUUAAAAAAAAAAAGUGCAAAGUCAUAAAAAAAUAAAAAACAAAUAUAUAUAUUUAAAAAACAAAAAUACAACUGUAGGUUACAUAUCCACAUUUAAAAUGUUUACGACCUACAAAUUUUUUUCAUGCAAUUAGAAAUUAAUUUUUUUUUUUUUUUUUUUAUGACUUUGCCUAAAUUUCAAAUUUUACUGAAGAAAAAAAAAUAAAUGAAAGAUUGUGCUAGUUUCUAUAUAAGUUCUAAGAGAACCCAAAAAAAAAUUGAAAAGUUUAUUACUGUUGCUAAAAAAAAAAGAGGGUUUAUAUUUUAUCAAAUGUAUGUAGUGUUCAUCGCAAAAAAAAUGUAAAAAAAAUGAUGUAAUCGAUUUCAAAAGUUCUAAACUAUUUUUUAUUACUCAGAGCUAGAUUAUAUAUAUAUACGCCGUUUUUUUCCAAUGUUUAUUACAAUUUUUUAGUUUAAACAUAUAUAUAGUAGUAUAUUUAACAUUCAAACUGUGAAUAUAAAUGUUUUUGGGGGACCAUUGUGAUGCAUUUAAAAAAGAAAACCUAAAAACAGCAUUCCAAUGUUUAAUUGCUUCUUAUAUUAAUUCAACACUCGGUGCAAAUUUUGCAUUUGUGUCUUGGAUAUAUAGUUUAUAAAAAAAAAAAAAAUAAAAACUGCUCACUUUUUCGUUAUCGAGGUUACAUCAUAAAAAGAGUAUCAUUUGAAUUAAGAUUAUUUUAGCAUGUCUUUGUACUCUAAAAAAAAAAAAAAAAUAAAUGAACUUAGAGAAAAAGUUUUAUAAAUUUUGAAACUA